AUGGUUGUAGACGAAGCAGAAAAAAGUUGUGUCGUUCUGGUACCAUCUCCUUUCCAAGGGCAUAUAACGCCUAUGCUUCAACUGGCUUCUACGCUUCAUGCUAAGGGAUUUUCCAUUGUUAUAAACCACUCUGAGUUGAAUCCUCCAGAUAGCUCCAAACAUCCUGAAUUUACAUUCUUGCCACUGAAGGAUGGCUUGUCAAACAGUGAUUCUUCUUUAUUGAACCUAUUGAACAUUAUACCAGCAAUGAAUAUGAAUUGCAGAGUUCCAUUCCAAGACUAUUUGGUCCAAAUGAUGGAAAAAUCAGAGCUCUAUGGUCAAAUCUCUUGCAUAAUCUAUGACCACCUAAUGUACUUCACAACUGAAGUGGCUGAUCAUCUUAAACUUCCAACUAUUCUCCUCCGGUCAAGCAGUUGUGCUUAUAUGCAAGCUACUUGCGCCUUUCUUCAAUUCCAGGCAGAAAAUUUUACUCCCUUGCCAGAGUCUAAGCUGCUGCAUCCGGUGCCCAAAGUACCAGCCCUCAGGUUCAAGGAUCUCCCAUUUGUUCUCACUUCCGAAAUUCCAGAGCCUCUAUUGCAGUUAUUAGAAAAGGUGGCUAACAUAGGAUCUUCUGUGGCAAUCAUUGGGAACACUACAGAGAAUCUUGAGAACCGAGCAUUGUUAUGGCUCCAGCAACAUUAUCAGGUUCCUAUUUUCACAAUAGGACCUUUACACAAAAUGGCCUCCUCCUUGCAAACCAGUUUAGCAGAAGAGGACGCCAGUUGCAUUUCGUGGCUUGAUACUCAAGCCACUAACUCUGUUCUUUAUGUAAGCCUAGGGAGUAUAGUUGUUAUGGAUAAAAAGGAGUUGAUUGAGACAGCUUGGGGAUUGUUCAAUAGUAACCAACCAUUCUUGUGGGUAGUUAGGCAAAGUUCUAUAGAUGGUUCAACGUCGAUUGAACAUGACUUACCUGAUGGCUACUUGGAAGCAGUUGGAGAUCGAGGUCGUAUAGUAAAAUGGGCACCACAAAAAGAAGUAUUGGCGCAUCGUGCAGUUGGAGGAUUUUGGAGUCAUUGUGGAUGGAAUUCGACAUUAGAAAGUAUUGUUGAAGGGGUUCCCAUGAUUUGCAGGCCAUGUUUUGGUGAUCAGAAUGUGAAUGCAAGAUACAUAACGCACGUAUGGAAAGUAGGCCUUCAAAUAGGAUCUGAUGAUUUGACUAGAUGUGUCAUAGAAAGUACAAUAAGAAAACUUAUGGUGGAAGAAGAAGGCAAAGAAUUGAGGCAAAGAGUAGUUGAUAUGAAACAGGAACUCCAGAUGUCUUUUCAAGAUGGUGGCUCGUCACAUAAUUCCUUGAAGAGUUUAACAGAAUUCAUCUCUUCAUUCUAAUCAGAAGAAUCUAUGAUCAAGAUCUAAGUUGAAAGAUCUUGUGUAUUAAUAUUGUUGCAAUGCUAAACAAAGGAACGAUAUUUCCUGUUGGGAUAUACU